UAACAUUUUAAAGAAUGGUAUGAGAAGAUGGAUGAGGCUUUACACAAGCAGUGAUCUUCCUUCGAAUAUAAAAGAGAGAAUGAUUUGUUGAUAAAUAACUUCCCUCUUUAAAUUAAAUCUGUUAAAAUGCAGUGGCUCACUGCUUUUACUUCUUCUGCAAAACCUUUUCUCAUUUCUCCUUCUCUCCUUUCUAUCUUCCCUACUCCUAAACCCACAUUCCCUUCUUCUUCUUCUCUCUCUGCUUCUAGGUUUCCGAUCACCCUCAGGCUCCUUUCCAGCUUUUCCGCUCCUUCACUAUCCCACGCCAGCGACGACGCUUUUGCCGGAGUUCUCUCUAAUUUCUCCGGUGUGCGAUUGGAGGAGACGGUGCCGAUCGAUUCUGUUAAAGUUAGGCUCGAUUCCUGGAUCUCUUCACGCGUUAGCGGAAUAAGUAGAGCUCGUGUCCAGUCUAGUAUCCGGUUGGGGCUUGUUAGGGUUAAUGGACAGGUCGUCGAUAAGGUUUCUUACAAUGUGAAAGCUGGCGACGAAAUCAAUUGCGAAAUUUCUGAGUUACGACCUCUGAAGGCCGAAGCUGAAGACAUUCCUCUGGAUAUUGUUUAUGAAGACGAUAGUGUACUAGUUGUUAACAAACCUCCACACAUGGUUGUUCAUCCAGCACCGGGCAAUCCUACAGGCACACUAGUGAAUGGAAUUCUUCAUCAUUGCUCGCUUCCAAUAGUUGAAUAUUCAAACCAGGAAUUUCUAUCUGAUGAUGAUGAUGAGCUUAAAAACACCUCUGGGGAUCACGCCACAUCUGAAGCAUCGGUCCGUCCUGGAAUUGUGCAUAGAUUGGACAAAGGCACUAGUGGUUUGCUUGUAGUUGCAAAGGACGAACACUCUCAUGCGCAUUUAUCUGAUCAAUUCAAGCUACACACUAUCCAGAGAGUAUACAUUAGUCUUACAUCUGGAGUUCCCUCCCAACUUUCUGGACGCAUUGAGGUUCCAAUUGGUCGUGAUUCAAAUAACAGAAUUCGAAUGGCUGCAAUACCAGGAGCAAGUAAUAGUAAACAGGCUCGGCAUGCUGCUAGUAGGUAUAAAGUAAUUGAAAUACUAGCUGGUGGUGGCUCUGCAUUGGUUGAGUGGAGAUUAGAAACUGGUCGCACUCAUCAGUCUUUUACAAAGGACAUGCACCUCAAGCCUUGAGGCUCAAGGUGAGCGCACGGACUGGGAUAUGCACGAAUAUACCUUGGGCGAGGAGGAGCUUAAAAGGUGCCAGAAUUUACAGGUAUUAAUUUGAUUGAUUUAUUUAGUCCUUUGUUUUUGUAUUUCAUACAUUUUGUAAUGAGUAUUCACUUGUUUUGUUUUUUGGUGAUGCAUGACUACUAUGCACUUUGCAAAGUGUUUAAAAAAAGUGGUCUUGGGCCUAAAAAUGGUGAGCAAUAUGGGGCACCUUUCACGGAAGAAGAAUGGAAUGUUGAUUGUCUAGAUUUUAACAUGUCUGCCAUUGUAGAAACUCCAGUGGAAAGAGUUGAUGGGGCUCUGUCAAAUUUUGAGAGUCAGGAGACAAUAGUUGACAGUCAAAAAUCUCUCUCUAAUGAAAUUGAAGAGCUUUUGCAACAAAUGACUGAUGAGCCUUUGCUUGACCUGCCAGAUGUCAUAGAUUAUGCUAACAACACUCCACCACAAUCUCAAGUUUGUUAUUGAGCUGACUUCCACUAAUGCUAUCCCUUAUGUAUUUUUCUUCUACUUAAAUGAUAAAAUAACAAGCCAAGGUUGUAGAUAAAGAAAAUUUUGAACUGGAAUACUGACACAAGAACUUAAUUUAUUGAAAUGUAACUUACUAUUCCACUAUUGAGGUUUAAUAAAUUGAACUAGUUAAUUACUUUGAGCACAAGAAGUUGUAGUCUGUUAGCUUUUCAUAUAUUCAGACACUGAUAAAUUUUAUUUUAUUUUGCAAGUUCUGAGCAACAAUGAUAUGCAGAGUAAUUUGGUGGACUCACUCAGCAAAGUUGGCCUGCAUAUUUCUCCCAGUAUUCAUGAACAAGAGGUUUACGUACUAUUUGUGGAAGACUUUAUUGAGAUGGAUGACCUUUUCGGUCCGGAACCUACUACAACAGAUGCGGAGAAACCACUGGAGAACUUUUAGUUGAGGAGGUAAAUGGGUUAUCUGAGUUGGACCUGUUUCAUGAUGCCACCAUGUUUUUGAAUGAUAUGGGAGUUGAUGAUGAUCGGCCAAGGAGUUCACAUCAAUACAUUCAUUCCCUAGAGCAAAAUGUGGUAAACUCGUAUCAGUAUCAAAGAAAUUCUGAACAAGUUGGCGAAGACGAGGCUGUUAGUCAGCUACAUUUUGAAGUUGCAGACCAAAAUAGUAAUCUUUAUUAUUUACAAGGCUCAAACCAACAUACAAGUCUGUUGCAUUUAGAAGGCGCUGACCAAGUAAAUAAACAUAUGUAUUUAGAAGGUACAGACCCAAUGAAUAAUCUGCUGCAUCAAGAUAUUGCAAAUCAGAUGAACCAUCAGUAUCAGUUCCUGCCAGAUAAUCAAGAGAGAAGUGCCUUUACUUCUGCAGAGUUUGAUGCUGGCUCUUACCCUAAUUCGUCUUCAGGUAUAAUGUUUGCAGAUAUUUUCUUUGCACAGCUUAAAAUAACUUAACACGUUAACUGAGCUGUGUAUUCGGUUGUUGAACACUGGUGGCACAAAAUCUAUGUGGAAAUGGGAUUUCGGGCCAGCUUUAAAAAAGCCCUCUUCUAAAACAACUUCCCUUCUCUCACGUAUCAUUGGUAUCAAUAAUUGGAAUCUUUUAAGAAAAAAAACAUGGUAUCCAAGAAAAUUUUUGUUAGCUACAUGAUAUUUACAUUGUUUAAUUUUGUUAAUUUUUGGUUUAUUCUUUGGUGUAGUUUGUGAUACUUCUACAUUUUUAUUGCAACCGACUCAAAACCAAAGUGGCAAUGAAAAUAUUGGUAACAAUAGUUGGUUCUCUUCUACUUUAUGGUCAUUUGUGGAGUCCAUACCUACUACUCCUGCCCCUGCUGCCGAAAAUGCAUUGGUGAAUCGAGCUUUUGAACGAAUGUCCAGCUUUAGCAGGUUGAGAAUCAAUGCUGUUGUGAAUGCAACAACCGUUCCCGUAGAUAGUGAUUCUGAAACCGUAAAGAGUUCACCCUGAAAUAGAGUAUUCAUCUUGUUUCCUAUUCUUGUGGUACUAAUUGCCAUUUUAUGGGUUGUGCUUGGAGCUGUGACACUAUGGGGAAGUAGUAGUAGCAAUAUUAGUAGUAUUGCUUCAUGAAAAUGUGUAUAUGGGGGGUGGGCAAUUUUGGCUGAUAUUGAUCUUAAAAUUAAUGGAAAAAAGGUCAAAGAAUAAGAGAGAGAGAUGGGGGGUCACAGAUUUAUAGAUGAAUUUUGGCUCUAAGGGUCAACACGUUCAUAUUCUUAUAUAUCAAACAUAUAUAACCCCUAUUCACGAUACGAACGUGUUGACCCUUACAGUCAAAAUUCAUAUAUAAAUCUGUGGCCUCUCUCUCUUAUCCUUUGACAUUUUCCCAUUAAUUUUAAGAUCAAUAUCAGCCAAAAUUGUCCCCCCCCCCCCCCCCCAUAUAAACAUUUUCAUGAAGCAAUACUACUAAUAUUGCUACUACUACUUCCCCAUAGUAUCACAGUUUCAAGCACAACCCAUGAAAUGGCAAUUAGUACCACAAGAAUAGGAAACAAGAUGAAUACUCUAUUUCAGGGUGAACUCUUUACGGUUUCAGAAUCACUAUCUACGGGAACGGUUGUUGCAUUCACAACAGCAUUGAUUCUCAACCUGCUAAAGCUGGACAUUCGUUCAAAAGCUCGAUUCACCAAUGCAUUUUCGGCAGCAGGGCAGGAGUAGUAGGUAUGGAUUCCACAAAUGACCAUAAAGUAGAAGAGAAUCAAUUAUUGUUACCAAUAUUUUCAUUGCCACUUUGGUUUUGAGUCGAUUGCAAUGAAAAUGUGGAAGUAUUACAAAGAAUAAACCAAAAAUUAACAAAAUUAAGCAAUGCAAAUAUCAUAUAGCUAACAAAAGUUCUCUUAGAUACUAUGUUUUUUUUCCUUAAAAGGUUCCAUUCAAUGAUACAUGUGAAAAGGGAAGUUGUUUUAGAAGAGGGCUUUUUUAAAGUUGGCCCAAAAUCCCAAUUCCACAUAGAUUUUGUGCCACAGGAAUGGUGUUCAACAACCAAAUACACAAUUCAGUUAACGUGUUAAGUCAUUUGAAGUUGUGCAAAGAAAAUAUCUGCAAACAUUAUACCUGAAGACGAAUUAGGGUAACAGCCAGCAUCAAACUCUGCAGAAGUAUAGGCACUUCUCUCUUGAUUAUCUGGCAGGAACUGAUACUGAUGGUUCAUCUGGUUUGCAAUAUCUUGAUACUAUAGAUUAUUCAUUGGGCUGCACCUUCUAAAUACAUAUGAUUAUUUACUUGGCCUGCGCGUUCUAAAUGCAACAGACUUGUAUGUUGGUCUGAGCCUUGUAAAUAAUAAAGAUUACUAUUUUGAUCUGCAACUUCAAAAUGUAGCUGACUAACAGCCUCGUCUUCGCAACCUUGUUCAGAAUUUCUUCAAUACUGAUAUGAGUUUACCACAUUUUGCUAUAGGGAAUGAACGUAUUGAUGUGAAAUCCUUGAUCAAUCAUCAUCAACUCCCAUAUCAUUCAAAAACAUGGUGGCAUCAUGAAACAGGUCCAACUCAGAUAAUCCAUCUACCUCCUCAACUGAAAGUUCUCCAGUGGUUUCUCCGCAUCUGUUGUAGUAGUUUCAAGAUGGAAAAGGUCAUCCAUCUCAAUAAAGUCUUCCACAGGUAGCACGUAAACCUCCUGUUCAUGAAUACUGGGAGAAAUGUGCAGGCCAACUUUGCUGAGUGAGUCCACCAAAUUACUCUGCAUAUCAUU